AUGACUUGUACUACAGACGAAUUGAUCUCCAGACACCCAGAUCUGUACAAAAGUGCUACCGAGCACGAAUUGACGAAACAACUGUGUCAGGGCACACUAUCCGAUCGUCAAUUGUUUGUUUACUUGGCGCAAGAUGUCCAAUUUUUCGAGGAAAGUUUGAGAUUGAUCUGUAAGAUUACGUCUCUGGCUCCGGAACUAGAUCCCUUAAUCACUCUGGCCAAAAAAAUUGGGUUUUUUGCCUCUGAUGAAAACACAUACUUUAGAGACGUGUUGGAACUGCUGGCUCCCUCGGUGACUCCUGCCGAAAAGACCAAGUUCGAAACGGAAAAAUUGAACCGUAUCGCCCCAUACGUAAACUUCAUGAGCGAGAUGUUGAAAUCCACAACAACAUCCUACGCUGAGUACAUCACGUUCCUCUGGGUGCUGGAGGACGUCUACCUAAAAUGGGCACAUGAUCUCCCCAGAAAGGAGGGCCUCCACUGGAAGUACCAGACAUGGAUUGAUCUACAUGACGGCCAGCACUUCAUCGAAUGGGUCGACUUUUUAAAGAGUGAGGUGAACAAAUUCCCAGUCGAUACCGUCGAAAAGAUGUUCGUGAAAUGCGUAAACUUCGAAUUCGAGUUCUUCGACGGCUGCUUCGAAGUCUGA